UCGGAGCCAGCAUGCUGGGUGUGGGUGUGGGAUGGAUGUUGAUAUUUGUGUGAGUGUGUAGGGGCGGUGAUGUGUGUGUCUGUUUCUCUGUAUGUAUACGCACCUUGAGCACUCUGCAUCUCCUGUGUCACUAUGCUUGUAGCUUUCUGCUCCUGCUUUCUCUUGCAGGCACAGGGGCUGAAGCAAGGAAAGAUCAGGUGCAGAGUCUGAAGGGAAGCUUCCUUUGAGGUACAUGAGUAGCUGAGGCCGGAAGUGCCUCCGAGGGGCCCCUAGGGGGAUAAGAUCCCUAGGUUUCCCUGAGCUGUAGCAAUGCGAGUGUUGCGGGAAGGGAGGGAAAGUGCUCAUUGAGGAUGCUCUCAGAUCUAGUUUGGGAUCUCAGGCUUCCUUGGGCUCCCCACAGGCUCCCCAUUUCGGCCAUUAUUCCAAAGGAGGGCUAGAGAAGCAUGAGAUCUUUAUUGCUACUCAGCUAAGACUCAAGGGCGAAGUUUGUGCUUUCUCUCCGUGUGAGAAACGAGGCUUUAGGUUUAGACUAUAGAAUUGUCAGUAAAUGAAGGAGUAACAGACAAACUGAUAGCUCCAACUUUGUGGCUCUUACAUUGUUCGUUCUCCUCCCAAUUAGUAUUCUCACUAUUGUUUCAGUGAUCCUUGAUAUCUCUCAAUAAUCAGACCUUUCCCCUAGACUUUAUAGAUAAGAAUCUCCAGAGGUUAACCUUAGGAAUCUCAAACUCAAACCAAUUCCUAUCCAUGGCAUCACAUAGCAGAUGGACUUUGAUCUUUAUAGACCUUCCUUUCAAAGCAGGGGGACUUCAGGGGUGCUGGUGCUGCUUGUAUUUAAUGCUAAAUACUGGCUCCCAAGAUCUGGUGUCCCCCCCCCCCCACCCUUCGCCAUGAGCAGAUCCUCACAUACUCCAAGUGAUGCUAUGUGAACUUUGCUCCCCAGCUUAAAACCUGAGUUUAAAUAAAACUAGCCACAGCCAGUUCCUGAGAGGAAUAGAGAGAGGUAGAGUUUGAGUAACUGAGCUGUGGGUCUCAAGUAGGCACCACCAGGGGAGGAGAGAGAACAGAGGCAGAGCACAGGGGAGGAAAAGACUAGAGAACAGGAGGUCUCCAAGAGCUGGACCAACCGUUCCUGACAGAGUGAUAUGCCUCCCGGGGACACCAGACGGCUGGAGCAGAAGUAGCCCUGGAAGUUUGAAACAGCAAGGAUUUGGGAAGUGCAGUCGAGCCAGUCGCCAGACUGUCAUUUAGAGAUAUAGAUUAGGGUCAUCCCGCAGUAAUUGCACAGAACCUAAUAAAUAAAUAUGGUAGUUUGAGUCUCAUUCACUUAAGGUUAGAUGGGAUGUGUUUAAUAGGUGUUCUGUACAGGGGAAAAUGUAGGUGGUAGACGAUUUCUGUUCACUCUUGAGAACUUUGGGAGUGGAAAAGUGAUAGCACUGAAUUUGGCAUCUUUGAGAGCUAGUGAUUUUCUGACUCUGUGUGUGUGUGUGUGUGUGUGUGUGUGUGUGUGUGUGUGUGUGUAAUGGGUAAUGUUGGCCAGGUCCAGAUGAGCAAUGCCAUGGCUGAUAGUGGGUGUGGAUCUGUGGUAUCGGGUUGGAGUCUUGGUUCUGUUCCCUCAGGCUCUCCAGGCCUGUCAGGAACCUUAGGAUGCCUGUGGUGAAGCCUGUUAGUGCAGUGCCACCAUAUCCUAAGGGCCUGGUGUGCUUUAGUUGUUCUCUGUGAGGCCAUCUUGGGUUCAUUCCCCUCAGUGUUCUGCAGGACAAGGGAGUGUGAGAAACAAUGCGAUUGCUGGUGGAUGUUUAAGAAAGCGGCUCAAAAAGAAAAGCUAGGCUUCAAUCUUGGAAUUUGGGAGGCAGAAGCAGGAGAUCCCUGUGACUUGCGUAGCAGCUUGAUCCACAGGACGAGCUCUGGGCUGGCUGGACUACAUGGUGACACCCUGUCUCAAAACAACAAGAACACAAACUGUGUAUUAAUGUAAAGCAGAACUUUCUCAAUUUUCAGAUGAUUUGUUUGUAUUGUGUACAGUGUGAUAAUUUGGAGACUUUGUGUGCAUCGGAACGACUGAAUUGCCAUUUUUGUAAUGAGUGUACUUCCUGUCUAUGCUCCUUAGUCUUUACAAACUAUUAAUCACAGUCACCAUGUCUCAUGGUGCAUCUCUGGACUUCUGCUGCGUAGCUGAAGUGUUGUCGUCUCUAUAUGAUCAGCAUCUUCCCAACUCUUCCUUAUGGUUCUUCGUCUCUCCCACCACCACAGUGCUGCACAUCCAACCUCUGCCAUUCAAACCGCAUUGUCCAGCGUUUCACUGUUCCAAUGAGACGACAGGGUCAGAUCCCACGUGAGUGACAGUGAGAGGAAGCCUGAAGAAGAAUGGCCAACUCUAAUUCUCAAGACAUGGUCUGUGGGUCAGUGACAUUUAGGGAUGUGGCUGUUGACUUCUCUCAGGAGGAGUGGGCCUGCCUGGAUGCUACUCAGAAGGUCUUAUACAGGGACAUGAUGUUGGAGACCUACAGCAACCUGGUCGCAGUGGUGGGACGUUGCAUUUCCAAGCCAGAUCUGAUCGUCUUACUAGAGCAGGAGAAAGAGCCCUGGAUGGCUGUGAAGGAAGAAACAGACAGGCCGAGCCCAGACUUGGAGACAGAUUAUGAUGCUGAAAAUAUAUCUCCAGAAAAUCCUAUUAAUAAUAAAAAAUUCCUCAAACAGAGCAUAAAGCAAUUAAUAACUUUUGACCCUAAGGACUCUAGUACUAGUAUUGGCCCCAACUAUAGUACAUUCCAUGGACUACAGGAUUGUCAGAGUGAUGCUGGUCAACAGAUUACUAACAAGGAAGGAGUGCCUCCUCACACCUGCCAGACUCUUGCUCACAAUACAGAAAAACCAUAUGAAUGUAAAGAGUGUGGGAAGUGCUUUGGUUGUAGGUCAACUCUUACUCAGCAUCAGAGUAUUCAUACUGGAGAGAAGCCCUAUGAAUGUGAGGAGUGUGGGAAGGCCUUCAGACUCCCCCAACAGCUCACAAGGCAUCAGAAGUCUCACAGUGGUGAGAAACCUUUCGAGUGUAAUGAAUGUGGAAAGGCUUUUCAUCUUCCUGACCUGCUCAAGUACCAUAAAACCAUUCAUACAGGUGAAAAACCAUUUGAAUGCAGGGAAUGUGGGAAGUCCUUCAACCGUGUCUCCAACCUUGUUGCACAUAGGAUUAUCCAUGCUGAUGUGAAACCAUACAAAUGUAGUGAGUGUGGGAAAGCCUUUAAGCGUCGCUCAAACCUCGUGCAACAUCAGAAAACUCAUUCUGAUGAGAGACCCUUUCAGUGUAAGGACUGUGGGAAGGGCUUCAUUGUUCUGGCUCAGCUCACAAGGCACCAGAACAUUCACACUGGAGAGAAGUCAUUUGAAUGUCAUGAAUGUGGGAAGGCCUUCAGACUCCCCCAACAGCUCACAAGACAUCAGAAGUCUCACAGUGGUGAGAAACCUUUCAAAUGUAAUGAAUGUGGAAAGGCUUUUCAUCUUCCUGACCUGCUCAAGUACCAUAAAACCAUUCAUACAAGUACAAAACCAUUUGAAUGCAGGGAAUGUGGGAAGUCCUUCCAUCGCAUCUCUAACCUUGUUGAACAUAGGCUUAUUCAUGCUGAUGUGAAACCACACAAGUGUAAUGAGUGUGGGAAAGCCUUUAAAAGAAGCAAAAGCCUCAUGCAACAUCAGAAAAUCCAUUCUGGUGAGAGACCCUUUCAGUGCCAGGAGUGUGGGAAGGCCUUCAUUGUUCUGACUCAUCUCACUCGGCACCAGACCAUUCAUACUGGAGAGAAGUCAUUUGAAUGUAACGAAUGUGGCAAGAAAUUCAGAACUGCCACACACCUUGUUAUGCACCAGACUAUUCACACUGGUGAGAAACCCUUUGAAUGCAAUGUAUGUGGGAAGGCUUUUCGGCUUCAGGUAUACCUUUCUGAGCAUCAGAAAAUUCACAUUGAAGAAAAACCCUUCAAGUGUAAGCUCUGUGGGUCAGCCUUCAGACGUAAGUACCAACUUAAUGAACAUUACACAAUUCACACUGAUGAGAAACCCUAUCAGUGCAAGGAAUGUGGCAAAUGCUUUCGUCAAAGAUCAAAUUUUACUGAACAUCAGAGUAUUCACACUGGAAACAAACCCUUUGAGUGUAAAGAAUGUGGGAAGUUCUUUAGACUCAAUACACUUCUCAUUCGUCAUCAGAAAUCUCACAGUAGUGAGAGACCUUAUAAGUGUAAAGAAUGUGGAAAGGCUUUCCAUCUUCCCAGUGAACUUAAUAACCAUCAAAUUGUCCAUACAAGUAACAGACCCUUUGAGUGCAAGGUAUGUGGGAAGUCCUUCAAGCGUGAAUCCACUCUCAUUCAACAUAGUGUUAUUCAUGGUGGUGUGAAAUCAUAUGAAUGUAAUGAGUGUGGGAAAGCUUUUAUUCAUCGCUCAAGCCUGUUCCACCAUCGGAAAAUUCAUUCUGAUGAGAAACCGUUUAAGUGUCAGGAGUGUGGAAAGGCCUUCGUUGUUCUGGCGUACCUCACUCGGCACCAGAGCAUCCACACUGGAGAGAAAUCAUUUGAAUGUCAGCAGUGUGGGUCAGCCUUCAGAUACAAGUCCCAACUCAGUAAACAUCAGAGAAGUCAUACUGAUGUGAAACUCUUUCAGUGCAUGGAAGGUGGAAAUGACUUUGUCCACGGAACGAACCUUAGUAUUCAUCAGGGAAUCCAUACCAGUGAGAAUCCCUUUCAAUGUAAUGAAUAUGGGGAAGCUUUUAAAUACCAUUACCAGUUUCCUUGGACGUUUUAGAAUCCAUAUUGAUAAGAAUCCUCAUGAAUGUAGUGAAUGUGGGAAGUACUUUACACAUGGCAGAGAUGUUAAAGUACAUCAAAGCAUUCACACUGGUGACAAACUCACAGUGUUAAGAACGUGGGAAGACUUAGUUGAAUAUGAAACUUGUUUUGACAUUAUACAUACAUUAAUAAGAAGUCAUGAUGUAAGGAAAAUGAAAGGCCUACAGUAAAUUCUAAGCUAGCGAGCUGUAUAUCAGAGAAUUUCUACUGAUGAGAAAUUCUAUGAAUAUGAGUAAGGUGGCAAAAUGUUAAGAUUUAGUUCAGCCUUCAUGCACAGUGGCAAGUUCAUAUCGGUAAUCAACCCUAUCGCUGUAAAGAAUGUGCCAAGAGCUCUAAUUGGAACUUAGAUCUUCAAAAUCAAGGAAGCCAUGCUGGCUUCAAAUACAGUGAAUACAAGGAAUGUGGGGACAUUUAUAGAAUUAGCUGUUAAAGCUCAUCAGAGAGUCCCUGUAGGUCUGAAAUCCUGUGACGAUGAAGACUCAGGAAAAGCCUUUAUUGCAAAUGGGUGAGCUUAUACAGCCUGAGAAAAUCCAUACUCUCCAGGAGGCCUGCGAGUGUAGGCAAGGAGGACAAGCCAGUGGAUGAAAAUGUGACUGGACACCAGAGAACUCAUAUUGGGAAGGUUGUGACUUAAAAGAAUGUGGGAACUUUAAUCUGUCCUGGGAAUUGGUCAACAUCAAAAGAAUUCAUGUACUGUUGCUGCCAAGAAACCCUUUGGAAUGGGUAUGUGGAAAGUCGGUUGUUCAGAGAAGAUACUCUGUUGCGAAUGUCUUUUAUUGUCAGAAAUACAAUGUAGUAAUCAUGAUUUACUCUCAUCUUGCUAGUUGUAUAAACUUAACUCACUCAUUAGUCACCAAGGGCUGUCAACUAAGGGGGAGCAGUUACUGCAACUGUGUUUGCCGGAGAUGCUCCCCACCCCCCAUGGUUCCUGAGAUGGUGGAGCACAUGUUUACUUUUUGCAUAAUUUGUUAAUGGCCAGCACAGGACCAGCCAAAGUUAUGGCAACAGAGUUAUAAUAGAAAAUAAAGUCCUUGACAAUAUUGGUCAGUGCCCAUGUUCUAUAAUACAGCUUUUACAUAGUUCUAGUUUCAUGAGCAUUAGCAUAACUGACAUGGAAGCCUGAUUGCACUGUAGAUAGUUUAGGAAAGUCUCAUGCUUUUACCCACUGUUAAGUUUUAAAUAACUUUAUUCUGAAUACUUGUAAUGGAUGGUUAGGAACUUGAAAGUAUUUGAAUUGUGAGUCCAUUUCUUAAGUAUUUGUGUGUAAAGUUUUAAAACAAUCAUUGAUGAAUAAGAACUUUCUAAAAAGAGUAAAAACUAUAAAAAGUUCAAAAGUUAAAAUCCUAUUAUUUGUGCCCUCUCCACACAUGAAGAUAAACUAUAUUUGUGAUAGGACAAGAAAGUUUUUGGAUCUUCAAUCUCUCUCUCUCUCUCUCUCUCUCUUUUUUUUUUUUUUUUUUUUUUUUUUUUUUGGUUUUUUGAGACAGGGUUUCUUUGUAUAGCCCUGGCUGUCCUGGAACUCACUUUGUAGACCAGGCUGGCCUCGAACUCAGAAGUCCGCCUGCCUCUGCCUCCGGAGUGCUGGGAUUAAAGGCGUGUACAUCCUCGCCCAGCCAAUCUCUUAUUUCUGAGAACAUUUUAACUUCAACUAGAAUUUGAUUCCCUCGAUGGAGAAUCUCAUGGUAUAUCCAAUUCUACUAGAGGUCAAAUUGCCUCUGAUAAUUUAUUGUGACUUCUUUUUAAACCUCCCACUCCAGCUAUCUGUUUAUCUUCAUACUAUUAAACUGCCUGCUUGGGCAAAAGCUCCCCCUGCAGCUGCUGAGCAAGAUAAUAGAAUGUGGGUUUGUUCUAAAUGCUUGGGAUUAUACUCCGGUCCCAAAUACCUGAAUGUACUCAGAGCUGGCUGGAAUAAAGCCUUUCAUUUGGCUCUACACUGUGUCUGAGUGGGCAUCUCUAGUGAGCAACCUGUAACACCUUUACAAAAUAGCCAGAGUGAAACUACUUAUAAAAAAAUAUAUGUGUGUUGUGGCCAGUCAGCAGCUCGCAACGAACGGUUCUACUGAGAUGGCAACUCGGGCUGAAAGAGAAGAACUAGACGGGCGGAAGAAAGAACGAAGCCAAGUCAAAAGUCUGAUCAAAGCUCCAUUUUUACUGUUGCAACACUCAGUUAUGAAGGAAGGGGGAGGGGACCCGAUUCCCGCCAAAUAAUCUCGGAUCCAGUAGCAGGGUGAGCACGUGAUGGCUUCAGAACAGCAAGGCGGCAGGUUCUAGCAGUGGGCAUGGCAGAACGAAUGAGCAGGAAGCUCCACCCCAGAACAAGCAGGUUUCAGGCUGGGGGAGGGGAGACUACAUAUGUGCAAUUUUUCAUCCAUGUUGAAAGCUUGGAAUAUUCAAUACACAUCUGUAUCCUCACCUAGAUUGAAAAUUGUCAACAAUUUACAAGGUUGAUCCUGUUUUUCUGUGUAUAUAGGUUUGGGGAUGCACCAUUAAUAUGUUUUAGAACUGAAUAUGGCAAAGCAUAUCUGAAUCCUAGUUAUUAUAAAGAUGAAUUAGGAGAAUCAAGAGUUGGAGGCAAGGGGCUGGAGAGAUGGCUCAGUAGUUAAGAGCACUGACUGCUCUUCCAGAGGUCAUGAGUUCAAUUCCCAGGAACCACAUUGUGGCUCACAGCCAUCUGUAAUGGGAUCUGAUGCUCUAUUCUGGUGUGUCUGAUGAUAUCUACUCACAUAAAUAAAUAAAUAAAUAAAAAACAAAUAAAUAAAUAAAUCUUAAUUAAAAAGAGUUGGAGGCAAGCCUAGCUAUAUAAUGACUUUAAGUCCAGUUAAGGCAUUAUAGAGACCCCUAUAUUUAAAAAAAAAAAAAAGACACGACAUUUUAUCUGUUACUAACCAGCCGAGAUGGAAUGCCAUCUAUACCAUAGAGUCAUAAAUGUUCUUAAGACUGAGAAUUUUAUGGCAUGCAGAAGUUUGUAAUUUUCCUCCAAACUUUACUGAUUUAAACUGCAUAUAUCCUGAGGAGACUCCAGUAUAGAUAAACAUUUGGCCUUGCUCUGUGCUUUAUUAAAUUUUCAGUGUUGAUUUAACCUGGAGCUUUGUAAGCAUAGUAGGGAUGCUCUCAACCAACCAGCUGCAUUCACAAUCCUUGGGUAUUGUAUCUUCUACCCAAGGGAGAUUAGUUUCAGAUGAAACAUUUUGAGUAAGAACACAUUGUAGGUUGUAUGUCCUGUUGUAACAUGUCCAAAGACAUGUAUGUGUCCGCUAUCACAUUACUGAUGAAAUUAAGUUUCAUUUGGAUAAGAUGGCAGUGCCAGAGCUCUGUUAAAAGGUCUACUUUGGAGUAAUCUAUGUGGGGAAACUAUUACUUCCAAGCAUAGAUAUGUGUAGUUUACUCUUGGUUAAAUAUAAAUAAAGAUUGAAAUCAACUUUAAAUGGAUAUCGAAAUAAUGCAUGGUGUAACUUGAAUGCCAUAAUUCGAAUUGUGUGGUGUAACUGAUGUUGUACUCAAUAUUAAACUCCCCUUCUUUCUUGGUUUA